UCGUAGUCCGUACGAAAUCUUUGGUAGAACGAGCGGUUGCUCUUCUUUUCAUUAAUGUGCCUUGCACAGCCCAGAGUAGUCGAUCUAGGGGAUGGGAAGGUCUGUACAGGCUGGAAAAAAUGGCAUCUUCUGAGCAACCUGAACAACAGACACAGACCGGCUCUCCCAUCAGAGACGAUGCUUCCCCUAGAGAACCGCUGAUCGCCACGGCGGUGAAGUUCCUGCAGAACCCGAAGGUCCGCCAGAGUCCCAUGGCCACCAGGAGAGCCUUCCUGAAGAAGAAAGGUCUCACGGACGAGGAGGUGGAGUUGGCCAUCCAGCGCUCGGGCAGCACAGAGGAGCCCCUGGCCCUGGCCCCCGUGGGCCCCCCGCACAUCCUGCACCCCCCGCAGCUGGCCCCUGUCCCGUACAGUCCUCCUGGGUACCGGUGGAGGGACUAUGGGGCCCUGGCUAUCAUCAUGACGGGCAUGGCUUUCGGCUUCCAUCACCUGUACCGGAAAUACAUCCUGCCCCUCAUCGUGGGCAGCCGGGAGGACGCCAGGAAGCUGCAGCGGAUGGAGGGCCACAUGGCCGAGAUGAGCGGCGCUCUGACACAGACAGUGACGCAGCUGCAGGUGACGCUGGCCUCGGUGCAGGAGCUCCUGGUGCAGCAGCAGCAGAGGAUACAGGAGCUGUCCCAGGAACUGGCCUCCUCUGGGCAGGCUUCCUCUGCCGCGGGCCGCAUGCUGGAGUCUCAGGCCCUCAGCGAGCUCAAGGCGGAGAUGGUGUCUCUGAAGGGUCUGCUCCUCAGCAGGAGGCAGUUCCCGGCGUCGCCGUCCGUUCCCAAGAUCCCGUCGUGGCAGAUCCCGCUGAAGCCGCCCGCGCUCUCGAACCCGCCGUCCGUCAACCACAACAACAACAGCAGCAGCGACAUCUCGCCCGUCAGCAACGAGUCGGCCUCGCCCUCGCCCGUCCGAGAGGGCCACAGCCCGCAGAGCUCCCUGAGCGGGGGCCUCAGUGGCCCCCACAGCCUCAACGGGGGGGAGGCGGGCGGCGGCGGCGGCCUGGGGCCCGCGCUGCCCCUCGACCUGAAGGACCAGGUGCGCAUGGAGGUGCAAGGAGAGGAGGAGAAGAAGGAAGAGGAGGAGGAGGAGGAAGAGGAGGAGGAGGAUGAGGAGGAGGAGGACGAAGACGAAGACGAAGACGACGACGUGAGCCACGUGGACGAGGAGGAGCACCUGAGCGUCCAGACGGAGGACCGCAGGGGCGGGGACGGGCAGAUCAACGAGCACGUGGACAAGCUGCGCCGCCCGGAGGGCGCGGCCAAUGAGAGCGAGGUGGAUUAGGCCACUCGCGUGCCGAGGGGUUCCUCUUUCGCCCACCGACCCUCCCCCCAAAUCCCCCCUCCCCCAAAUCCCCUCUCCUCGUUUUAUUUUCUGCCUCUGCUAUUUUUUUGAUAUGUUAAUUUUUUCUUUAUAAUAUAAUACUCAUCUUGAGCAUCCAAUAUAAAAGUAAAAAAAAUAAUGAUAAUAAUCCGUGGACAACAAAUUUUGGUUUUGUAGUGCCCUGCUAUAUCUGUGGCUUCCUUCUCUUACCUUUUUUUUACGUGCGGACUCUGUUCAGGCGCAUUAUUGCAUGGCUGGGCAGUUAGGUAGCCUAGUUUAAAAAAAGAAAAAAAAAGAAAAAAUAAAUCUUUGAACUUGCAGGAUUAAAUUACGACAAAAAUCAGUAAAAGGUCGGCCCAUUUCAUAUUAACCCCUCCUCUUCCAAUUGGUUCUUCAGGCUCAAGCUCUGCCCAAUGGGAGGCCCUGACAUUGGGCAGUCCUCGCAAACGCUCGCUGUGCCACCUGACGUCGUGUCUGUAGUUUCUAGUGCCGAUUAGCCAACACGUGAC